AUGGUGACCUCGGAAUCCUACGCCCGCAAUAUCGAAAUAUUGGAGAAAUCAUUCGGCAAAGCCGCAACAUGGGCCAAGCGCCACUCCGCCAAAUUCGCGCCAGACAAGUUCGAACUAAUCCACUUCAGCAACCCUCGACAACCAGCGCCCACGGCGUGGACACCGCGACCACCACAAGACAUCUACGAAUUCCACGUGGAGGAGGGAGACGACCAGAUGCCAUUGCAACUACCGGAUCAACUGAUAACACCUUCGACACACACUAAAUACCUCGGUGUCUGGCUUGAUAAGCACCUCGAUUUCACCACACAUCGCAGUAAGGUCAUUGCGAAGGCGAACAGCAGCCUAGAAGCCCUUCGCGGCAUCACUGGGUCCACGUGGGGGACAUCAUUGUCCUCGAUGCGUAAGAUCUACAGAGCCGUGGUGAUCCCACAGAUCUUCUGGGGUCUAGCAGCGUGGUUCAGUCCUGCAAAGAUGCCGGCGAUAGAACGGUCCCAUAUUAUCAGAGGUUUUACAAGGAUCCAGAAGCGCGCCGCGCUAAUGAUUAGUGGGGCUUUCAAAAGCAUCUCGGCAGCGGCGCUCGACGUGGAGCUCUUCCUCACACCGAUCAAUCUACUAAUGCAGCAGGUCAUCGAAGAAACCGCCAUCAGAAUCCAAACGGGAGUACCCUGGGCCCUGCCCAAGGGCCUCUUAGCCAAACGCAAACCAAAGGAGACAAAGCUCGGAGGGAUCACGCCACUCGAAGCAUUGAAAUGGAAGAUACACGGCCCAUUGGCACCGCUACAAGUACAAGGGCAAAAUGUGCAGUGGGAAUCAAGAUCUGCAUUCGUGCUCCCCCCAUGGGAGACACGGAUCAAGUGCGUCAUAGAGACUGCGGAAAUCGCCAUCCAGACCCACGAUGGCAUCGAACUGGACGCCGCACUCGCCGACGGAGCGAUCCAACGUACCUUCACUGAUGGCAGUGGAUACGCAGGACUCGUGGGUGCAUCCGCGGUGGAUCCAACAAGCACGGACUGGAAGCAACGACACCUUGGAUCGCUGGACCAAUCCAAUGUGUACGUUGCAGAACUCUCGGGCAUUGAAAUGGCCCUGGAACAACUGGCAAAUCGACCGAACCAUCCAACUGAGGACAAGGUCAGAGAACUGGUGAUCUUCUCUGACAGCCAGGCUGCGAUUAAAUCAUCACAGAACCCGCGACGACCGUCCGGCCAAUACGUGCUAAAGAGCAUUUAUGACCACGUAAGGGCUAUCCGGUCGCGUGAAACACCCACAGGGAUCACCCUUCGGUGGAUUCCAGCCCAUGUGGGGGUUGCUGGCAAUGAAACUGCAGACGAGGCUGCAAAAUCAGCCGCUUUGUGGGGAGCGGGAGAUUCUCUAGAAGGUGCGGGCGCGGGCUCGGAGAAACACUUUAUCCGGCUCGCCUCCGCCGCGAAGCGAAACACGCGCAAGCGCAUCAAGGAGAGAUGGAAGAAGCAGUGGGAGAAAGAGAAGACGGCCAAACCGACAAGGUGCCUAAUCAAGGCACCAAGCCGCAAGGCCUUGGAGCUAUAUGAGGGACUGUCCAAGCCGUACGCAUCGAUUCUUAUUCAAAUGAGGUCCAAGCGCAUCGGCUUGGGGCAUUUCUUAUACAAGAUCAAAGAAAGGGAAACAGACCGUUGUAGCUGUGACCAGGGAUCUCAGACACCGAGACAUAUCCUGCUCCAGUGCCCGCUGUACAACGGUCUACGGCGAACUAUACUGGACAAGAUCGCUCGCACCGAUCUUGGCAGCACCACGGAAUACGACGCAAUCGUAUCACACCCGCGCGCGGCCCGCUACGCCGCUGCGAUGAUGCAUCAAACGGGUCUUCUGGGCCAAUUCCGGAACGUUGAGCCGGAACCAGACGACGACCACGAACAAAUCGGCCUCGCGGCCAUGGGGUAG